AUGAACGACGCGUUCACUCACGAACACGUCCCUCACCACCAUCUUGUGCCCGACCCAGACGACGCUCUCAUGACCACGACCAUGUACCAACCCUUCCAAUACUAUCACGACCAGGCAGCCGUGGGCGCACCGUCGUACCUGGGUCCGCCCCACGGCAUGCACAGCGACAUGGCCGAUCACACCCCGGUCUCACACUCGCCACCACCAGGCAGCCUCCCGGCUGUCCAAGUGACGCAUGCCACCCCUACCAAGCUCCGUUCCCGCCGCAUGGCAGGCGACCACCCCCAGACGCUCGACGUCACCGUCGACACCACCUCGGCGUACGAGCAUCCCGGUAUCGCACCCGUCGCCAAGCCAUCGACCAUGGCGCCCCGGUCCAAACUGGCAGACGACGAAGAGGCGCGCCGAGCCAGGAAGCGAGAGAUGGGCCGCGAGAGGCAGCGCCGCAAGCGUUUGAGGGACAAGGAGAAGCGCGAGGCUGCAAAGUCGUCGCAGCAGCCGCUUGGCGGACCGCUCCACGACCAGGGCGGCCACAUGGGCUACGGCGUGCCCAUCUCAAACCUGGGUGCGCGCGACGGCAGUAGCUCGAGGCCCAGCUUUUCUGGCUCGACGUCGUCGUACGAAGGCAUCCCGUCGUCGGCCUCGACCACGUACUCGAACCUGCCGCCCAUGUCCAUGACCAUUUCGCCGUCGCAGUCGUUCACCAUGUCUGGCAACAGCUCUGCUGCGUCGUACUCUGACGCUUCGUCGCCUGCCAACUCGUUUUCACCGACCCUGUCUGCAGGCUUUGCCUCGGACUCUUCGUCGUGGCAGGAACACACUGCGGUCUUUGGCAACCUGUCGUUGUCGGGCGACGCGACGGUGCGCGCGUCCAAGCCCCGUGCCACCAGCGCGGGUCUUAGUAACGUUACAUCGCGUCGUCAGUCGGGACAGUCUGGCGCAGACUUCCCCUUUGGACACCAGGACACACGCCCGUCCCCGGCCAAGCGUCGAAAGUCGGAGAUGGAAGACGGCCCCGGCGUCGGGCUCGGCGUGGUCAUGAGCUCGGACACGGAGGACAACAACUGGGACCGCCGUCGCCCGGCAUCCGUGCCGGACGGCUCUGUGCUUGACCCGUCUAUCCGCUCACGUUCGGCCACCCCUCCCCCGUUCCCAGACGACGUCAAUGUUGCUGGCCAGGUUCGCCUCUCGCCCGAGGGCAUCUACUUUGCCAACACGGUCGUCCAGGCGCUCACCACCUCGCACUGGGGCGCCGCUCUGAACAGCAAGCUGGGCAUGACGCGCGACCACGUCGAGAGCAUGGGCCAGGACAUUGCGUCGACGUAUGAGCGGUGGCGUCUCGCACACGGCAUGAGCCAGGUCACCCUUGACCCGGACACUCGCGCACAGGUCAUGGCACAGACGGCCACACAGUCUCCGCCCCCACCUUCAUCGCCCCGCUCGUCGUCGUAUGCCACCCCGGCAGGCCAGCGCGUCGGCGAUGUGCCCAUGGAAUCGCCCUCCAAUUCAUCCACCACAUCGUCCGUUCCCAACAUGGCCCUGGGCCCGCGCUCGUCGUCUACCACCUCGCUGUCGACGGCCGCCGGUAUGCGUUUCACGCAACCGGGCCAGGCGCCCGAGACUCCCCAGUCCAAGGCCACCACGUCGUCGUCCAACACGUCGCCCAUCAACCCGACUCUGCAGACCCCGUCGUCGCAGAGGCAUGGCGUGUUCCCUCCAGGCGACUACCAGCAGUGGCCCGUGGCUACGGCCCCGCAGCCCCCACGUCUCUACGACACCACCGACUGGCGCGGGCAGUAUCCCAACCACUCGCUGUCGAGCCCGAUCACAGGCCCUGCCAAGGACCAACCCAUCCCCUCAGCGCCUUCACAUAUGCUCCAGUCGCCCAUCACUGUGCAGCCCGGGUUCAUGGCCCAGGAAUACAACUCUGCGGCUGGUGGGCCACCCCGCGGCCACAUUCCGUUCACACCCGCCACCCCGGUCCCGCAACGCGGCAGCAACUAUUCCUCUGGUCCCGGCGCCGUGCCCAUGUUCUACAACCCGCAGAUGCAGCACCAGCAGCAGCACCCGCACCAGCAGCACCCGCACCCACUGGCUACGUCGACGGUGCAGAACAGCCCCCCUCAGCCGACCGGCCCUCCCCACGGCGUCGCCGGUGACGGCGACAUGUUCCUCUCGCGCGGCUUUGCGCAGUAA